UCACGGGAAGCAGAAGCCUGGAAAGUCUCGGAUGUUUGGGGUAGUUUCGGAUUACAGCCUCUAAUCUGUCCAUAAUCGGAAUCAUCGAGGAAUUUCGGGUGGUGCUCAUUAUCCCUUGAUCAUUUGACUUUCUUCUUCGAUCCAGUAAACUUGCAAAUUUUUGACAAGAUGGUGAUCAAGGUUUACCUCACGAACAUUUGCAGCAGUACGCAGCUUAAGAAAGAGAUGCUGCAUGUGACAGACAUUCUGUCCAGUAUGAGCAUACCCAUGGAGACAGUUGACAUCUCUGACCCCAACCGAGAAGAAGACAGGAAGUUUAUGAGAGCAAAUGCAGAACCAAGGGAAGGAAUGAAGCACCCUUUGCCUCCACAGAUAUUCAGUGAUGAUCAGUACUGUGGUGGCUAUGAUCAAUUUUAUGAGGCUGUGGAGACAAACAAUAUAUAUGCAUUUCUGAAGAUGGCUGACAAAAUUGAAGUAUCUCAAGCACAGAUAGAGGACGAGGAGGAGGUGGAGAAGAAGGAUGAGGUUGAACAAAAUGGAGCAGAAGAGGAGCAAACAAACCAGGGAGAGGAAGAACAAGACCAGGUGGAGAAGGGAGAAGAAGUGGAAAGUGGAAACGAUCAGGUUGCAGAAGAGGAGGAGAAAAAAGAUAAGGAAGACGAGGAGGGGGAUAAAAAGGACAAGAAGAAAGAUGAGGAGAAGGAUGAAGACAAGGAGAAGAAAGAAAAAGACACUGAGGAGAGCAAGGAAGACAAGACUGAUGGAGAGAAGAAAGAAGAAACAAAAGAAGAAAAGAAACCAAAGAAAUUCCGUAGGCCAUUUGAUGACAGUGAUGAAGAGGAAACUCCAGCAGAGGAAGAAAAGAAGGAAGAAGAAAAACCAGAAGAGAAAGAAGAACCCCAAAAGCCGAAGAAAUUCCGCAGGCCAUUUGAUGACAGUGAUGAAGAGGAAACUCCAGCUGAAGAAGAAAAGAAGGAAGAAGAAAAACCAGAAGAGAAAGAAGAACCCAAAAAGCUGAAGAAAUUCCGUAGGCCAUUUGAUGACAGUGAUGAAGAGGAAACUCCAGCUGAAGAAGAAGAAAAGAAGGAAGAAGAAAAACCAGAAGAGAAAGAAGAACCCCAAAAGCUGAAGAAAUUCCGCAGGCCAUUUGAUGACAGUGAUGAAGAGGAAACUCCAGCUGAAGAAGAAAAGAAGGAAGAAGAAAAACCAGAAGAGAAAGAAGAACCCCAAAAGCUGAAGAAAUUCCGUAGGCCAUUUGAUGACAGUGAUGAAGAGGAAACUCCAGCUGAAGAAGAAAAGAAGGAAGAAAAACCAGAAGAGAAAGAAGAACCCCAAAAGCUGAAGAAAUUCCGUAGGCCAUUUGAUGACAGUGAUGAAGAAGAGGCCCCAGCAAAGGAAGAAGAAAAGAAAGAGGAAGAAGAAAAAGAAAAGAAAGAGGAGGAAGAAAAGAAAGAGGAGGAAAAGAAGAAAGAGGAGGAAGUAAAGAAAGAAGAGGAGCCCAAGAAAACAAGGAGAUUCCGUAGGCCAUUUGAUGACAGUGAUGAAGAAGAGGCCCCAGCAGAGGAAGAAGGAAAGAAAGAAGAGGAAAAGGAAGAAGAAAAGAAAGAGGAGGAAAAGAAAGAAGAAAAGAAAGAGGAGGAAAAGAAAGAGGAGGAAAAGAAAGAAGAAAAGAAAGAGGAGGAAAAGAAAGAAGAGGAGCCUAUAAAAACAAGGAGAUUCCGUAGGCCAUUUGAUGACAGCGAUGAAGAAGAAACUCCAGCUGUGGAAGAAAAGAAGGAGGAAGAAAAGAAGGAGGAGCCACCUAAAGUAGAAGAGAAAGAACAGCCUCUGAAAGAAGAAAAGAAAGAAGAAUCAGAUACAGAAGAAGUGUCAAAGAAACCUAAAAGGUUCAGACGACCAUUUGAUGACAGUGAUGAAGAAGAAAAACCUGAAGAAAAGAAAGAAGAGCCCGCAAAAGCACUAGAAGAAGAAAAGAAAGAGGAAGAACCUGUGAAAGAACCAGAACCAGAAGAAGAAGUAAAGAAGCCACGAAGGUUUAGGAGGGCAUAUGAAGAUGAUGAAGACGAAACACCAAAAGUUGAAGAGAAGGAAGAACCAAAAAAGAAGAGCCAGUGGAAGAGAAAAAGGAGGAACCUGAGCCUGUGGAGGAUGACCGUGAAGCUAGGCGUCGGAGGAGGCGACAGGAGAGAGAGAAGCAGGACGCUGCUGAAGCUGAGCCUGUGGAAGAUGACCUGGAAGCUAGACGGAGAAGACGCCGAGAGGAGAGAGAGGAGACAGCUGAUGAUAGUCAGGAGGAUGACCGUGCUGCCAGGAGGAGGAGGCGAAGGCAAAUGCUGGGACUGGAGGACUAGCUUAAAAUGCCAGAGACCCAGGAGCAAACAGAUAUACAGACAGAGUGCCAGGACUGAUUCAUGGAGCCUCAAGUUCUUAAUCCAACAAGGACUGUGGAGUCAACGUUCAUGCUGUCUUUAGACGUGGCUCUGAUAACCCCGGUAGCCGUCGUGACAUUGCACAAACUCAUGUGACCUUCACUUUUGACACUGUGAUGCCAACGAACAACUCAUCAUUGGAUUACAAGAUAUUUGUGACUUUGGAUUGUUUUUGAUUGAUAUAUGUAUGUACUUGAGCAGGAUUAUCGUUACUGAAGUUGACAAACUGUAAUUGUGGACCUGGUGAGUGUAGUACAGUGCAUUCUUGAAAACAUGCUCAGCAUCCAUACCGGUACAAGUUGCAGUAACAAACAUGAAUUUGACAGCAACCUUUACAACCUAGUUUGUGAUGAAAUGGCAAAAAAAACUUUUCCUCAUUGGGAAAGUGAGAGAGCUGACAUUCAAGAAUGAACAGUCCUCAUUCAAGUAGGUCUAGUUAGUGGAAGGCUUGUUGCUUGGCCAAGGUUUGUGCUGGGAUUGCUAUUGGCCCUGCAUGGGAACCACAGCAGCUUGGGACUGUGCAAGCUGCUCAUUCCAGGCAUAAGUAUGUCAAACUAUUUUACACAUGCUACGCAUUUGUGCAGACCUUAAAAAAAGCAAGUGGCAGAUACUUGACACAACUUCAUUUGAAUUACAUUCUUACUGUUAAGAAGCAUUAUUUUCUUUCAUUUGGAUAGCAAUAUUUUUCAAAUGUUAAGAAAUCUUUUGCAAAGUAUUAUUCACAUUUUGAUGCCAUCACCCAGCACUGUAGACACCAUCAUUGGAAAGACUAAAUGUAUGUUGGUAUGGGAAUUAUCUGUGAAGGAAAUACUCAUUAUCACAUACAAAUGCUAAAUAUAAGACCUAAGAAAAUAGGUUUAUGCAGCACACCUGACUAACUGAUAGAGAAGAAUGGACAAUAGGCUGUGUUAAAGUUUGAUGAAAGCACUAGCAAUUGACACAAUUCAACAACAUGUUAGUCAUGUGAUGUUUGUUCCUCUAGAGCAUUAUCAUCUUCAGAAGGAGCAAUAUUUAGACUUUCAGGUUGCACAGAUUUUGUAUGUUUGCAGAUUUGUUUCUAUUCUUAUACUGCUGAGAUUAUCAACAAGGAUACCCACCUGUUGUGCAUUGUUUGUCAGAAAAUUGGUAGUAUUACAUCAAAGAUGCAGUUUUUCUGUUACAGAACCGACCAUUUUAAUAAACUUGGUGUAUGUUUUUGACAAAUAAUAUGCUCCAGAGAAUUUUCAAAAAUGUUACAUGGGCCUGGAGAUUUAAAAAAAUGUUUGUUUCAAAUGACCGACAUCUAGAAAAAUAUGUCUUGUGGAAGUUUCGGGUAUCUUUUUUAUAUUCAAUAAUAAACAUGUAUUGUCCUUUAUCUCCUUCUCGAAUAUGGAAUGGUAGGUUCCCAAUUGUUUGCUUAUAUGAAAUAUAAGAAGAUUAAAUCAAAACACUGUGUUGUUGAACACCAUACUGGAUACUCAUGGUGGUAUGAUAUUUGUAUUUUGGUGUAAUAUGUGAAACGUUUGUUUUAGUUUGUCCACUGUUACCAUGGUUACUGUUGCCAUGAUGCAAUCCUCUACACAAGGUAUCUUGUUUUAGCAAUACUAGCAAUUUACUACCACAGGCUGUUCAAUACUACGCAAGCGUUACUCCUUAAAUGUCUAUUUUUGUAUCGAAAUAUCCGUCUAGAUUGCCUAUGCAGUGCAAUGAUUCUUUCUUUUCUGCACAGCAUCUUCUCUGAUCCCAACAGGAAUAAUGGUCUCAAGAGGUUUGUGUUUUUCUAAUCGAUUUCAUCAUGAUUUGAAAACAUACUUCAAAUCAAGUGUUGUCUUCAGAGGUAAAUACAGUGACAAUGGCCAACACCUGAUAUCAUUACUAUGACAUGGCAAUUGCCAAAUACCAGUUUCAUCCUGAUUAUAUUAUCAGGUUUGAUAGAACCUUACCCAUUCAGUUUUUUACCAGAGUGGUCUAAGACCUGAUGACCUGCAUCAUUACAGUGAUGCUGACAUGCUGUGAUAUAACUAAAUAAGGGUUAACAACAGACAGACACCAAAUUUAUUCACUCACUUACCAUUGUGCAAGGUCAGCAUGACUUUGGUCACCACAGUGACUUGGUUGUGUGUGUGCCAGUCACAGGUUUGUCUGGCCCAGACCAGAUUAUUUAAAGGCCCCGUUCAUAUGUCUGGAGUUUGGUGGGAAGAAAAUGUUUAAACUGGAUGAUGUCAUGCAUUUGAGACUAUUAUUCUGAUGGAGAAGUUGCUGUGAUAUUGUGUAGCGUUGUAGUGCAAUGUAGUUCCUGCUGCCGCUGUUGUUGCAGCACUUAGUAUUGAGCCCACUCACUUGUUGAUGUUGCCAUAUAAACCAGUAUGUUUGCUGUUUCAUGUUAUACUAACUAACAUAAAACUAGUUAUGUAACACUAGUCAAUGUUAUACUAGUUCAUGUUAUGCCAGUUUUACUUGUACUAUUUGUUUUGUUUGUCCGUCACCACAGAGUUUAAUAUAUAUUAUCAUUAUCCUGCCAUGAACUACAACCACACUUGAUCAUGAGUAUUCAGCAAGAUUACAUCUGAAGGUGACAUGUAAGAACUCUCUAUUGAAAAUAUAUCUUAGGUUUAUAUAUAUGCCUUUAAAAUUAGAUUAUUUACACCGAUAUGAUUGUACUGAUUUUUUCAGUAUUGAUCAGCAUGUUCAUAUGGUUGUGCUUAAUAUUUAUGAUUAUGAGUAAGAAUUAUUUAAAGACUAAUUAAGCCAAAUUGACUCAAGUGAUGGGAUGCAUAUUUUAGACUGCUUUCAUGUAGAUUAUUAUGAUCUGUUAUUUUUACUUGCUUAACAAUAUUUUAAUACUAGUUUUAGUCCUUAUGAAGCCAGUAGCAAUGUUCAGUGAUUAUGCAUGAAAUGCAGUGUAUGUUUUCAGCAGUCUUAUGGAUGUGUGAUGGAUGCAGUACACUAUUCUUAAUCAAGCUGAAAAUAUCACAUCGCCCAAAUACACGAUUGUAUGGAGAGGGCACAUUUUGUUGGAGUUUCUAUUCAUUAUCAGUGUUCGAGCUUUGUACUUCAGUAAAUUCAGUAAAUUAGUGAUAAUUAGGUAAUAAUUUUGAAUGCAUUGAAAACCUCAAAUUUUUUAUUCCUUCCCUGGCUAGUAGGAUUAUAUUUGGUUUUCAAAUGUUGAUUUCCAUCUUAUUCACUUGUGUUUGAAUGGAUGAUGAUGGUUGUAUUUGAAUCUAAAAUGUGCUUCAUAUUUGUGAUCAAAUGCACCUGGGUCAAGGUAUUCUAAAAUUUGUUGUAUCGUAAUACAGUUAAGGCCUUACUUCAAAUAUGCAUGAUAACCAUGAGGUAAUGCCUGAAGCAAGAACCACAUAUCAAGAAGUCUUUCUGAUAGUGUGUAACAACUGUAGGGUGUUGCUGUCAUCCCAGCAUGUUUCUCAUUAAAAUAAGAUCAUUUCUCUGAAGGUAUGAUAGUGUCCUUUGCAUGGGAGAUUUUGAUCAAUCAGCAACAAGGCUUCAGGUUCUAGUUUGAGUGAGCAAAGCAAAGAUCAGAAUAUCUAGUUUCUGUAUUGGAAAAACACUUUAAGUAUCAGUCCCAGUGUUUACUAAAAACAAUUCCCCUUACAAGCUAGAUGGGCUGCUAACUCAUAGUUGUGACCAGCUUGUGUUGAAAGUUUCAGGCAAAAUUUGUGAAAACAUUUAAGAGAAGUAACAAUUACACCGAAAGCAGCAUCAGAGGGAAAUAAAUAUACUCUACAUACGAUUAGUCUGCUCUUCAAAAUGAACUAAUCCAACCAAUGUUUUAGAUGUACAUUAAAACAAAAGCUGAUAACCAGGUACAUGUAUGUGAAUAUUUAAAAUGGAGUCAUGCCUUGCAACUGUUUUAUCCGUUAAAUCUGCACCAGAAAUCAAAUUGCUGCACCAGCAAUCAAAUUGAUAACAUUAAUGUGUUCUAAUUUUCUUCGUCAGACAGAAAUACUGAUAAAUCUACAUAUUUUAUACAGAAGUGUUACAAGCAACAGGACAGUAGGGAGAUUCUAUUUUGGACACUGUUUCAGAAUGUCAAAUGUUUUGUAUGCUACAUUAUUUUGUUGUGAAAAUGUUAUCCACCCACAGCCACUUCGCAGUGUGGAGUGUAAACGAACUGAUCUUCAUGAGACUUGCAUGCUUUUCUUCUUGUUCAGUGUGUGCGAAUGUAUCUGAUUUAGUGGUGCUAGCUUGUCACAGAAGUUCUGUAUCAGUCAGUCUCCACCUCUUGAUUCUCUCAACUCAACAUCACAAUAGGUCACAAAGAUAAUCAGUUCACCUUGAAGGCCCUAAGUUCUUUUGUAUGCUGUAUCUGCCAUUCAAGUUACAGAUGUAGCCAAAGUACGAUUUCAAGUUUUGUUAGAUAAAUCUGAAUCUACACCAACUUCUAACUGCCUCUGAAGAAUUUAAUCUGAAGCUGGUACAGGAAUAACAAAGCUGAGGGAAAUUGAGGUAUAUGAUGUUAGCCACCAGUUCAUCCUACAGAUAUACUGUUUGGUUGGUAAGGUUAGAGACCACCAGUACGGAGACCUGUUUUAUGUGAAGCUGUUAAUAUUCAUACUGACUGUAAAUUAUUACUAUUCCAUUAAACCUUUUAUGCCAUGA